GCACUAAGCGUGACGUCAGGGGCUGUGAUUGACAGCCUCAAUGUCCUUAGUUCCCGGAACGGGUUAUCCGUGGCAGACAUGAUUGUGCUGAGCUACUUGUUGUUACUGGUGCCCUGCUGCCUCCUAUACUUUGUCGUGCAGCUCGUCAGGCUUAGUAAAGCAGAUGGAGAUUUAACUUUGUUGUGGGCUGAAAGCUUUGGCAGUUCCCCAGAGCGUAAGUUCCGUGGUAGCGUUGUCUGGGUCACAGGCGCAUCCAGCGGUAUCGGUGAAGAAUUAUGUUACCAUCUGGCGAAAUUAGGCGCCUCUGUAGUCCUGUCCUCCAGAAGAGAAGCAGAAUUGUUGAGAGUGAAAAAGAGGUGUCUCGAGAUCAGCAGUUUGGAAGAGAAAGAUCUUUUAAUUGUUCCUCUUGACUUGACUGAUACCAGCGCACAUGAAGCGGCAACAGACAAGGUCAUAAAACAUUUUGGAAGAAUUGACAUUCUGGUAAAUAAUGGUGGCCAGUCACAGCGCUCAUUGUUUGUGGAUACAAACCUGAAUGUUUAUCAGGGAUUGAUGAAUCUCAAUUAUAUAGGGACUGUUUCCAUAACAAAACAUGUCUUACCCCACAUGAUCGAGAGAAAAAAGGGAAAGAUCAUCACCAUAAGCAGCAUCACUGGCUUGAUCGGAGUGCCCCUGUCUACAGGGUAUGCUGCCAGUAAACAUGCGCUUCAGGGAUUUUUUAACAGCCUGAGAAUUGAGCUGGGAUGUUAUCCAGAUAUUUCAGUCAUAAAUAUAUGCCCAGGACCCGUACAGUCAAAAGUAGUGGAAAAUGCUUGCACUGAAGACUUUAAGAAGUCUGUUGGAAACAAAGCGGAUCAGAGUCACAAGAUGGCAACAGACCGCUGUGUCCGUCUUAUUUUGGUUUCAGCUGCAAAUGAUUUGAAAGAAGCCUGGAUUGCAGAUCAGCCCUUUUUAGCGGUUUAUUACCUGUGGCAGUAUGCGCCCACAUGGGCAUGGUGGCUAACACAAAAGAUUGGUCAGAAGAGAAUUCAGAACUUUAAAAAUGGAAUAGAUGCUGAUGCUUCUUUACUUUCAAAGAAAACCUCCUAAUGGAAAUCUUUUUUACAUUGAACAUGAGAAGCAGAACCAAAUUGUUCUAAAAAAAAAAUAAAAAUUAGGUAACGCCUGAUUGGGACUACAGGAUGUGCUAUGAGCUCAUUGGCUUUUCUGAAUUUUUUGCAUUGCACUUCUGCUAGGACAGAGCAAAACACACGUGCAUGCACUGUGCGGAAUCAAAUGUUCUCUUUUAAGAUGAGCAGGCCUUAUCUGCUCCUGCAGAACUGUUUACACAACUCCGGAAGUUAUGUAAAAAGCGGAGCUAGGUUAUUUGCGCAAAGUUGUUUAUAGUCAAUUGCAUAACUUUCCUGCAUUGACUAUAAACAUUCCGGCUUUUGCGACCACCUCCGUGGCCAAAGAUGGAGGAGCUGGGCAGAAAACAAUCAGCGAGGUGGGACAACCCCAUAAGUCGUGUGAUCCUGCAGCUUGAUCUAACCCAGAAUUGUACCUUGAGUCACGCACAUACUUGAGUUGACCUGUGAUUCUACAUUUCCUUCCUUAUGUUUGGCCAUAGACCACGCUGCUCUUUAACCACUGCAAUACUUCAUAUCAUUUUAUUUUUAUUUUUUCACAUUAAGUGAAAUAGACAUAACAAUAAGUGAAAUAAAGUAUUAGCAGUACAUUCUAGUUUUCUUAAAAAAUAGAUUAGAACCAUAGAUCAGUGUUUCCCAACCAGGGUGCCUCCAGCUGUUGCAAAACUACAACUCCCAGCAUGCCUGGACAGCCAACGGCUGUCCAGGCAUGCUGGGAGUUGUAGUUUUGCAACAGUUGGAGGCACCCUGGUUGGGAAACGCUGGCAUAGAUUGUAAGCUCUUGUGAACAGGGCCCUCAUUCCUCUUGUUUGGAUUGUGUGUUUUAUUUUAUUUUUUUAUUCUGUAAUUUUUCGUUUUCUCUGAAAUCUAAAGUGCUUCAGAAUAUGUUAAUUCUAUAAAAAUUAAAUGUAUUUAAUGGA